CUUAGGUUGUCUUAUGAUGAAGCCUUUGCUAUGGCUAGUGACCCCUUGGAAGGCUUCCAUGAAGUAAACCUUGCUUCACCGACAUCUCCAGACCUUCUCGGUGUGUGUGACCCGGGAACCCAAGAGCACACCACCUCGCCGAGCGUCAUCUACCGGCCACACCCGUCGUCUCUGUGCGCAGCUCCUCUCCAGGCUAACACCUUAGAUGUUUCGGAUCUUCCUGCACAGCCUGUAUACUCAUCCCCUAGACGGCUGCACUGUGCGGAAGUAGCUAAUAUCAGCACUCAUGUUCCGGACCCAGCAUCGUCCACUGCCCCUGGGGUGGCAGCAGGGCUCACAAAGCCAGCUUCAAGGAAGGAGAGCUAUAACGCAGAGAGGGCGUUCCUGCAGGGCGCGGCCCUCACGGAGGCUCCCGCUGGCACCGAGGACGUCUUUGGGUUGAGUACAGAUAGCCUGUCGCGGUUACGAAGCCCGUCUGUUCUGGAAGUUAGAGAGAAGGGCUACGAAAGGCUAAAAGAAGAACUCGCAAAAGCUCAGAGGGAAUUGAAGCUAAAAGAUGAAGAAUGUGAGAGACUUUCGAAAGUGCGAGACCAACUUGGGCAGGAGUUGGAAGAGCUCACAGCUAGUUUAUUUGAGGAAGCUCACAAGAUGGUGAGAGAAGCGAAUGUCAAGCAGGCCACCGCGGAAAAGCAGCUGAAGGAAGCGCAAGGGAAAAUCGAUGUGCUUCAAGCUGAGGUGGCCGCAUUGAAGACACUCGUGCUGUCCAGCUCCCCAACUUCACCUACACAGGAGCCUCUGGCCACCGGAAAGGCGCCUUUUAAGAGGGGGCAUGCCAGGAAUAAAAGCACCAGCAGUGCCAUGGGUGGGAGCCAUCAGGACCUCAGUGUGAUCCAGCCAAUUGUAAAAGACUGCAAAGAGGCCGAUUUAUCUCUGUAUAAUGAAUUCAGAUCUUGGAAGGAUGAGCCUACAAUGGACAGGACGUGUCCUUUCCUUGACAAGAUCUACCAGGAGGACAUCUUCCCAUGCUUAACAUUCGCAAAGAGUGAGUUGGCUUCGGCUGUUCUGGAGGCCGUGGAGAACAAUACUCUAAGCAUCGAGCCAGUGGGACUGCAGCCCAUCCGAUUUGUGAAAGCUUCCGCCGUAGAAUGUGGAGGGCCAAAGAAAUGUGCUCUCACUGGCCAGAGUAAGUCCUGUAAGCACAGAAUUAAACUAGGGGACUCAAGCAACUAUUACUAUAUUUCUCCUUUUUGCAGAUACAGGAUCACUUCUGUAUGUAACUUUUUUACAUAUAUUCGAUAUAUUCAGCAGGGACUUGUGAAACAACAGGAUGUUGAUCAGAUGUUUUGGGAGGUCAUGCAGUUGAGAAAGGAGAUGUCGUUGGCAAAGCUGGGCUAUUUCAAAGAGGAACUCUGAGCCAUGUGGGGUGUGCGUGCUCCUGCCUGGCCGGCUAAACACUUUUAUGAUUACGCAAUAUU